GAGUUCGCCACAACCCACAUGUCGGCACAAAAGGACACAGCUUCAAAGACUUUGUUUCUUUUUGGGAAAAUGCUGGAACUUGGGUUUGAGCACGAUGAGGUCAUGCUUGGUUUUCUUGUUAGCGAAAGGGAGUUGAGAGAGCUACAUAAACGAUUGAUCAAUGCAAUGAACGGGUAGAGGUCGUUUCCAAACCAUAAAGUUUCCAUCGUUUUGCUAAGAGAGAUGGCGCCAUGACAAGGGGUUUCAUGAAGUCAAUGAACGAGAUCAAUAUCUUGCUUCUUCACCGUUAUAAGAGACCUUCCGUCGAUUUCUUAUGGAUUCAUCACCAUGACGUCUUGAAAGCUCCAUCAACGGAAGCUCUUGAGAGCUUCACACGAUCUCAGCAAGCGGGCCAUCUCGGCAGUCUAUGGAUCUCGUUCUCAGCGGUUUGAAGAUUUUGGUUCACUUGAGUCUACUUUCUGAACAAGCCAUGUCUUCCCACUCUGCUCAUCUCAUUGAUCUUACGGAACCUCUUCAAAAUUGGACCUACACGCCAACAACAAUCUCAGCACAAGACUUUGGGGUCGUUAGAAGAUCUCAAGUCAGCGUUCUUGAGCCAUCAAUCUAAAACCAAGUUCCCUUGAUAGCAAGCGACCGUGAAAAGCUUCUUGUGAUGAAGACGCGACAAUAAACGAGAUCUUUAACCACGUCCACAAUAACUUAUUUGUCAAGUAACAACAAGGCUCGACCUCUAAUGCCCCAUCAACGUACGAGAUUCUAAUCAAGCCAUAGCUUGCAUACCAAGAUUCAGCAGCAGUCAUCUCUAGCAAUCAAAGGCACAAGCUUUCUAUUGGACGCUUGUUUCUCCGUCACGACAAAGAUAAGCCCCUUUUAUUAAAUCAUCACAUGCUUUUAUCACCUUUAUAUUAUACGUAUGUGUCAUGGUGAACAUUAUAGCUGUGGUUUAAAUUAUUAAAAAACUCAUUCUUAUAUGGCUUUUUAUGGGGUGACUCUUGUUAUUUGCUUUACUGUUGCUAGCGUAUGAUAUUUAUAUAUCAUCAUGUUCAACUCACGAGCAUUAAGCAAAACGAGUCUGAUCGCUAGCUUAUUAAUUAUGCAAAAGUUGGUUAUCUCCUAUGGUUUCUAUUAAGCUAAUCAUGAUCAUGGUUUUCUUGAACCAGAGAUCGUUGAGUCAAAAGGAAAAGAGGAUCAACAAGCGGUUGCCACAUCAUGUCCUCAUGCUUCGACGAACGGCCCUCACCUACGAGCUUGUCGGAAGCAGCACAAGCCGGCGCUUUCUCACGUCAUCAUAGCCUGACGAACACACAAGCCAACAACUUGCUCGGCACACAAGAUCUCAACACGAGACUUCGGGUCAACAAUAGUUCGUAGCAAAGCGAGCCGGGACAGUGAAACCAUGGCAACUAAAGAAGAUGUGCAAGAUCCGAGAAUCCCAAAGAUCGCUUCUUCCAUCAGAGUCAUCCCCGACUUCCCCAAACCAGGGAUCAUGUUUCAGGACAUAACGACGCUGCUUCUGGACACUGAGGCGUUUAAGGACACCAUUGAUAUUUUUGUUGAAAGAUACAAAGGCAAAGGCAUCUCUGUUGUUGCUGGUGUUGAAGCUAGAGGUUUCAUUUUUGGACCUCCCAUUGCGUUGGCUAUUGGUGCCAAAUUUGUUCCCUUGAGGAAGCCCAAGAAGCUUCCUGGGAAGGUGAUCUCGGAGGAGUAUUCGUUGGAGUAUGGAACAGAUAAGAUAGAGAUGCAUGUAGGUGCGGUUGAGCCUGGUGAGCGUGCUAUCAUCAUUGAUGACCUCAUUGCCACUGGUGGCACCCUCGCUGCUGCUAUCCGACUCCUUGAGCGAGUAGGAGUGACGAUUGCUGAGUGUGCUUGCGUGAUUGAGUUACCUGUGCUCAAGGGAAGGGAGAAGCUAGGAGAGACGCCACUAUUUAUUCUUGUGACCUCUGAUGCUGCUUAACAAGAAGAAACCACCCUAUAAGGACAUAAUGGGGUUUUAUUAUUGGAAUCAUAUCAAACAUGUUAUUUAAAAUUGUAUUGCUUUUGGGAUUCGAUCCUUUGUUAUUCUCAACUUUUAUCAUAAUUGCCUCAGACAAGAAACUCGAGCAAAAUGAUGGUCUCAUUCUUUCUUCUCAUA